GCGCGCUGAUAAAUCCAUGUCCGAGACUAGGAUAUGGACGUACGAUUGUUUCAACUUAGCAUUGAAAGGCACUGGCCAAAGAGCCGGCUAUCAGGAGAACCUCAGCGCGUAUUGCUUCAGGCGCGCCUUUGCGCAUGCUGUUGAGGGCGAGUUGAAUACGCAAAUUUGUGAAGCAAAGCUAAUAUGUGCUUAGGUCAAGCCACUGCGACACAGCGAAGAACCUUGAUGGGGCACAAAUAUGAAGAUACAGCCCAGUACUACGUAUCAGGGUUCAUCGGCAUUGACAGUCAAUCGAUUAUCCACGAACGCGAGCAGUGCCUUGACUUGUACAAGGAGUCUAGCUCUAUGAUGGCAAAUCGAAAUCUGCUUGCGCCUAAGCCACCAGGAUCAAUACUUACAGAACCACCGCAUGAGAUAGCAACGCAAAAAUUGAAAGAGAAGGGAGAAGAAAAUGCUGAAGUGGUAUCAACCAUUCAGCUCUCUGCGAGACAGGAACAAAAACUUCGACGACAAUUACGCGAGAAGGCGUAUUGGAAAGGCCGCUCUGAAUACCUCGAAGGGAAAGGCAAAGUUGUUAGGGCAACGGCAACCAUAUCUACAAUCCCAUCCCGCGAACCGUCCCGUUACCUCCUAGCAUUACUCAAGUUCGAACCUGAGCGCAAGGCUGUGCUGGAUCUCAUGUUCCGCAAUGACGACGCUACUGACAAGCUCGCGGCUGUAACUUCACUCACAGAAGUUCUUAAGCCUCUGAUUAGCCUGGCCAGAUCUCAAAGGAAGCGCUACGCAUACAAAAAUGCAGAGCCAACGGAGCAAAACUGCUGUGGUGAUUGCAACAAGGAGUUGACCACGUAUGUAUGUCUCUGCUUCGUACAGCUCCUGCUUAUGUUUCUCAGGCUUCGCUUAGAUCGUGCUCACCAUCAUUUGCUCCAGUGCGCACGCCAACGGCGCAUCAAAGAAGAGCGAGCACAUAUGACGGCACAAUUCUCGCUAAUUCAUACGUGUCUCUGGAACGACUGCUACUAUCGUUUCAACAGUAAGACAUGCGGGUCAUAUUCUCUCCAUGUAACCAACCACCUUCAGCAAUCAAGGUCACACCAAUGCCUGUGGGAUGGCUGUUACGAGGUGUUCAACAGUUACGAGGGCCUUGCAUAUCACGUCUCAGAGGAGCAUCGUGUCCCCAACGAGUGGACAACACUUACGAAGAUGCACUAUUGCUAUGAGCACGACGUAUGGUGUCGUUCUGACCAGAUGUGGAACGCACACCUACAAACCAAACACCUUAAAGCACUAAACGAUUAUUGCGGUUUAAUCAAAGAGUGUGGAGUUGUGGUAGUUGCUGCGCACUGCAUGUUCUGCCUUGGGACUAAUGCGCCGCUGGCAGUACGCUUUGCGCAAUUCGGCGACGUUUUUACGUUGCAUGAACACAUCAAGGGCCAUUUGACUCAAGAGAAUGCUCCCAAAGUAUGCCCUCACCCGCUCUGUGAAGAUGAGUUAACCUCAGAGUCUGAGUUCUGGAACCAUGCAACUGAGGUUCACGGCAUCCCUCCGUUUGGUCCACGCAGGAUUACACGGAAACGCAAAACACCUGAUAGCGACAACGGCAAGGAUUGAGCGUGGCGCAGCGAGUGCGUGGGAUGGGCGCUUAGAAGAGUCGAUCCUUGAG